AUGCAUUUAUCGAGUGAAGUAAGUUCGACUACGAACGGACUGGGCCACGAGGCACCUUCAUCGAGUUACGGCAGUAAUGCCCUUCCGAGUCAGCCAUUGACAGCUGAAUUGCUGGCUGAAAGGACCUUGGAAGGUCUCUUAGCAGAUCAUCCUGGAGAGUUAGUGAAGACGGGGAGUCCCCAUGUGGUUUGUACAGUAUUGCCUCCUCACUGGCGGUCCAACAAGACACUCCCAGUGGCCUUCAAGGUGGUGGCACUGGGUGAAGUUGGGGAUGGUACUCUAGUCACUGUGAGAGCUGGUAACGACGAGAACUGUUCUGCUGAGCUUAGGAAUUGCACCGCGGUUAUGAAGAACCAGGUCGCUAAGUUUAAUGAUCUUAGAUUCGUUGGGAGAAGUGGUAGAGGUGAGUUGCAUUAUAUUGCAUUAUACUUAUUAAGUUAA